AUGGGAGAUAGGAUCCAGCGACAAGAGGAGAUGCUAGCGCUGAUGUUUGCUCAGAUGAACACGUACCAAUGGCUCGUCGAGCUAGAUGCAGAUGCCACACAGCCGUUCCUACCUAGCUUCUUGACAGACAUGCCACCGGAAACCCCACAAGAAGAAGCAUCUCCUAUACCCCCGCCUCGACCAUCGCAUCUUGUCAUCGAUCCCAUAACGGUUCCCACCCCACAACUGUUCAACAUAUUAGGAAACACCUCAAUGUCUUCUCUCCCGACAUCGACUCACAACGGCUUCUCUAUUGCAUGCCCUCUGUGUGCAGAACCCCCUCCAGACUACAUACCAGAAUGGAACUUCAGUGGAAGUCCUAACCAUCAUGCUGAAGGGUUAACCCCGAUGACAGCAGAGGAUGCUACGCAGACCGAGGAAGUUGGGCACUCCGACCAGUCGAGCCAGACUCUCAUCGAUGUCGACGGAAGUGAACCCCCGUUCCCUCCUGCCUUCUCUGCGGCACUCAUCGGGCCCCAAAGGACCAUCCCGUCGUAUGUCGCAUACCAGCGACCACACCCCCAGUGUGUAUUCUGUGGACAGUAUACUCAUCCGAAGUACACCUGCCCAUUCUCCAUCUGCAUAGUCUGCCAAGCAGUCCCUGCAUCUCACGACCCAAACGCGUGCCCCAUGUUGUUGUCCAACAGAAUGUGUUGCUACUACUGUGGAAAGCAAGCACCGGGCCACACGUUAGAAGGUUGCCCCCAUGCUGACGACUUUUACGCCAAUUACGACGCAUGCAGUAUAUUGUUCUCUCACCCCGACCCUCAGACGGAUCCACGAUUCUCUGAUUUCAAUGGGACAGGUUCGAUGUACACAGAAGGGUUCCCAAUGAACAGCGUAACACCCUCGGAGCAGGAGACACAUAGGAAACACCUUUAA